GGCCCAAACUGUCUCUAACCGGGUUCAAUAUUAACGGGAAAACACAGGUAUUUGUUCCAUUUGGAGAAUGCAUGUUCUUGGAGGUGGAGGCCAUGGCGGCUUUUGGGGUUGGGACUCUCUACCAAAGAAACCCAAACAACAAAGAAAGCGAUUCGAUUCCAAAUCCUCCAAUUCUGUCGAGGCAAACGGAGGACCCGGUUUCCGGUUCCCGUUAAAGCAAGCAGUGACGGCUGGCUCACUGGCUCUAACCGGAGACACAAUUGCUCAGCUCAGAGAGCACUGGAGAAAGGCCAAGACUUUAGACCAACAAAGCAGCAGCUCCACACCCACCUCUCAGGAUGUUACUCAAGCUCUCUUAUCAGACCACGAUUGGCUUCGUGCACUUCGGAUGACUUCCUAUGGGUUUCUGUUGUACGGCCCUGGCUCAUAUGCUUGGUACCAGUAUCUUGAUCAUGCUUUGCCAGGGAAAACAGUAGUGAACCUUUUGUUGAAGGUUUUAUUGAACCAAGUUGUGCUUGGUCCAUCUGUGAUUGCUGUUGUUUUUGCAUGGAACAAUUUAUGGCAAGGGAAACUCUCACAGCUUCCAGAGAAAUACCGUAAAGAUGCUCUUCCCACAUUACUUUAUGGAUUUAGGUUCUGGAUACCCGUCAGUCUAUUAAACUUCUGGGUUGUACCUCUUCAAGCCCGUGUAGCUUUCAUGUGUGUGGGUUCAAUAUUCUGGAACUUCUGCUUGUCUUCAACAAUGAGCAAGUAAACAUAUGAGCAUUCGUCGACAUUUUAUAUCAGCAACCAGAACUUUGAUUACAAGGUACCAGCAAAUGUCCAGAAGAAAUUGGUAGACUUCAUGUGCAGAAGAAAUUUCCAGAAGCAACUUCUUGAUGCAGUUGGCUUCAAGUUUAGAGAUGAUUGUAAAACCUUGGACCUAGUGAGCAGUGAAUCAAUUCUAUUCUACUAGUCCAGAAAGAGUGCAGACUGAUACUUAUCCUAAUUUAUCUGGUGAUUACUUUUGGUCUUUCACAUAAUCAAUUUUUCAUGAUAUCA